AGCCAAGAAUUUUUGAUGGGCACAGGGGCGGAAUAUGAAGCAUUCUCCCUCCCUCCUGCCCCUUCCCUCUCAUGCCAGCAGUGGAACAAUGAGCAGCCUACAGCAGGCUGUCUGCCUCAGGUUUCUGCUGAAAUUCAUGCAGAAGUACAGUUGAAGAAUUAUGGGAAAUUUCUUGAAGAGUACACUUCUCAGCUAAGGAGAAUAGAAGAUGCAUUGGAUGACUCUGUUGGAGAUGUUUGGGACUUCAAUCUUGAUCCUAUAGCAUUAAAGCUUUUACCCUAUGAACAGUCUUCCCUGCUGGAGCUCAUAAAUACAGAAAACAAGGUUCUGAACAAAGUAAUAACUGUGUAUGCUGCCCUUUGCUGUGAAAUCAAGAAGUUAAAAUAUGAGGCAGAAACUAAAUUUUAUAAUGGCCUCUUGUUUUAUGGAGAAGGAGCCACAGACUCCAGCAUGGUGGAAGGUGAUUCCCAAAUACAGAUGGGAAGAUUUAUUUCAUUUUUACAGGAGCUGUCUUGUUUUGUUACACGGUGCUAUGAAGUGGUGAUGAAUGUAGUUCAUCAGCUGGCUGUUCUCUAUACCAGCAACAAGAGUGCACCUAAAAUUAUAGAGACAUCAGGAGUUCAUUUUCAGACUAUGUAUGAGCACCUAGGGGAGUUGCUGACAGUCUUACUCACGCUGGAUGAAAUAGUUGACAAUCAUGCCACUCUGAAAGACCACUGGACUAUGUACAAAAGGCUACUAAAAUCUGUCCAUCACAACCCUUCUAAGUUUGGGAUUGAGGAAGAUAAACUGAAGCCAUUUGAGAAGUUGCUGUUAAAACUGGAAGGCCAAUUACUCGAUGGCAUGAUAUUCCAGGCCUGUAUAGAACAACAGUUUGAUUCUCUCAAUGGAGGAGUAGCUGUCUCAAAGAAUAGCGCUUUUGCUGAAGAGUUUGCACAUAAUAUUCGUACAAUAUUUGCAAAUGUUGAAGCUAAACUUGGUGAACCCUCAGAAAUUGACCAGAGAGAUAAAUACGUAGGAAUUUGUGGUCUCUUUGUACUGCAUUUUCAGAUUUUUCGGACAGUAGACAAGAAAUUUUAUAAAUCGUUACUGGACGUUGGCAAAAAGGUGCCAGCCAUUACAUUAACUGCUAAUAUUAUUUGGUUUGCUGAUAACUUUCUGAUCCAGAAAAUGCCAGCUGUUGCCAAACUUCUGGAUAGGAGAAGCCAUCAUGCGAUUAAAACUCACAGAGAGAGUUUUCUGCAACAGAAGGCUCAGUCACUUACCAAAGAAAUGCAGUCAUAUUAUGUGUUUGUGAGCUCAUGGAUGACAAAAAUGGAAUCUAUCUUGUCUAAAGAACAACGGAUGGAUAAAUUUGCUGAAGACCUUUCCAACAGGUGUAAUGUCUUUAUACAGGGUUUUCUUUAUGCUUACAGCCUUAGCACCAUAAUUAAGACCACAAUGAAUCUCUACAUGUCAAUGCAAAAACCUAUGACCAAAACCUCAGUGAAAGCAUUAUGCAGACUUGUGGAACUUCUCAAGGCAAUAGAACAUACAUUUUAUAGAAGAAGCAUGGUUGUAGCAGAUUCUGUAACACACAUAACUCAGCAUCUCCAGCAUCAGGCUCUUAACUCUAUUUCUAUAGCCAAGAAAAGAGUUAUUUCUGACAAAAAAUACAGUGAGCAGAGACUGGACGUGCUCUCUGCUCUGGUAUUGGCUGAGAAUACCCUCAAUGGACCAAGUACAAAACAGAGGCGCCUUAUAGUGUCCCUUGCACUCAGUGUGGGCACACAGAUGAAAACAUUUAAAGAUGAAGAGCUGCUUCCCCUCCAAAUAGUUAUGAAGAAACUGGACUUAAUCAGUGAACUUAGGGAGCGAAUCCAAACACAGUGUGAUUGUAGAUUCUUGUACUGGCAUCGAGCAGUCUUCCCAAUUUAUUUAGAUGAUGUGUACGAAAAUGCAGUUGAUGCCUCUAGAUUGCAGUACAUGUUUAGUGCAUUACGGGAUUGUGUACCUGCUAUGAUGCAUUCAAGACACUUGGAGUCCUAUGAGGUACUUCUGGAGUGCUAUGACAAAGAAAUCAUGGAUGUUUUAAAUGAGCACUUGCUGGACAAAUUAUGUAAAGAAAUAGAAAAGGAUUUACGCCUUUCUGUGCACACACACUUAAAGCUUGAUGACAGAAAUCCCUUCAGAGUUGGAAUGAAGGAUCUGGCCCACUUUUUCUCCCUGAACCCAAUUCGAUUUUUCAAUCGUUUCAUUGACAUCAAAGUUUAUGUGACACACUACUUAGACAAGACGUUUUACAACUUAACAACUGUAGCUCUUCAUGACUGGGCCACAUACAGUGAAAUGAGGAAUUUAGCAACUCAGCGGUAUGGCUUAACUAUGACAGAAGCACAUCUUCCCAGUCAGACUUUAGAACAGGGUCUGGAUGUUUUGGAAAUCAUGAGAAAUAUUCAUGUUUUUGUAUCUCGCUACCUUUACAAUCUCAAUAAUCAGAUCUUCAUUGAGAGAACUAGCAAUAAUAAACAUUUGAACACUAUCAAUAUCCGGCACAUUGCUAAUUCAAUUCGAACUCAUGGCACAGGAAUCAUGAACACAACAGUUAAUUUCACUUACCAGUUUCUUAGGAAAAAGUUCUAUAUCUUUAGCCAGUUCAUGUAUGAUGAACAUAUCAAAUCCAGAUUGAUCAAAGAUAUCAGAUUCUUCAGGGAAGUCAAGGAUCAAAAUGAUCAUAAGUAUCCAUUUGAGAGAGCGGAGAAGUUCAACCGAGGCAUCAGAAAGCUUGGAAUAACACCUGACGGACAAAGUUACCUUGACCAAUUCAGGCAGCUCAUAAGUCAGAUAGGCAAUGCAAUGGGCUAUGUGCGAAUGAUAAGAUCUGGUGGACUUCACUGCUGUAGUAGUGCAAUUAGGUUUGUUCCUGAUCUUGAAGAUAUUGUUAAUUUUGAAGAACUAGUGAAAGAAGAAGGACUCUCGGAAGAAACGCAAAAAGCUGCAAGGCAAUUGGAUUGUGUCCUCAGUGAUCUCACACGUAAUUCUGCAGAAGGGACAGAGUACUUCAAAAUGCUUGUUGACGUGUUUGCUCCUGAAUUCCGCAGUCCAAAGAACAUGCAUUUGCGCAACUUCUACAUUAUUGUUCCUCCACUGACUCUCAACUUUGUAGAACAUUCAAUUAGCUGUAAAGAGAAACUGAAUAAAAAGAAUAAAUGUGGAGCAGCUUUCACUGAUGAUGGUUUUGCCAUGGGUGUGGCUUACAUUCUAAAGCUUUUGGAUCAGUAUCAGGAGUUUGACUCACUUCACUGGUUCCAGUCAGUCAGGGAGAAGUAUGUUAAGGAGAUAAGAGCAGUGGCUAAGCAACAGAAUGUGCAAUCCACUACUCAAGAUGAAAAGCUACUACAAACUAUGAACCUUACCCACAAACGACUGGAAGUUUGUUUACAGGAGUUUGAACUGCUUUAUUUCUCGCUGAGCAGUGCAAGAAUAUUUUUUAGAGCAGACAAAACUGCAGCAGAAGAAAACCAGGAAAAGAAAGAGAAAGAAGAUGAAUCUAUUAAAACUAGCAAUGGAGACUUCUCCAGUAUUGCACCUGCAGAUCCUGUUGUGAAAUAGUAUUGCUGGUAUGCAUUGUUUGUAUGACCUAUCAGAAUUAUUCAUUAUUCUGUUUUUGCCAAUAACUAUAGGGAUAAAAUCUCUAGAUUGAUUUACCUGCUAUGUUAAAAUCUAUAGAAAAUGGUACAAUAUUGUAACAGUACCUAGUGGGCUACUAUAGCUUAGUUUGUGUCCGUAUUUCCAUUGGAAAGACCUAUUUUUUCAGGAGUUUAUUACAUUAUUUACAAAAUUUAGCUCUUAUCUGAAACUUAGAAUGUAAAACCUUUGAGCUUAGGAACAACUUAUCUGAAGUUACAGAAAUGCUGAUCAAAAUUAGUAAUUUGUUAAUUUCAGAUGCUUUCUUGCAUCCCUAACCUUAAAAUAUCACUUACAAAAAACCUUCCAGAUCUUUGUUCCAUGGUUUGCACUAGGCAUUUUGAACUCUUCAACAAGGAGAAAACAGUUCAAGACACACAGUUUGCAUUUCCAGAUCUAUUGUCUGAAAAAUAAUUCGGGUGCUAGGAAUGCAUCUUUCCAGAGCAUAUGUGGCAACUAAUGCUAUAGCCGCAGGCUACAUUGUAAAAUGCUCAGCGUACCUUGUGAAUGUAUACGAAAUACUGAAACCCUUAUUAAUGUUAAGAGUAUCACACAAAGCCUUUAUUCUUCAUUAAUAUUGAUCCAUUGGCAUUAUCAGCUCACCUAAGGGCAUUAGGGCCCCUUCAGUAGCUCACUUUCCCUGCCUUUUCCUUUUUCAUACCAAAGAAGGGGAAAAAGGAAAACUAAGCUAAUGUGGAACUGCUUUAGGUUUACAUUGAAGGCCUGAUUUUCAUAUACAAAAGUAAGGAAAUUCAAAGAAGAGAAAACUAGAGAUGAUAGUGCUUCCUCUUAUGACCAGGCACUGAGUGAACAGUUGUCUGUGAAUAUUAAGUGAUCUUACAUUUUAUGAAUUCUGUAGUACCUAAGCACAAGUUUCAGCCUCAAGUCUGUAUCUCCUUACUUUUGUAAGUCUGAUAUACCCUUUGUGUUGUCCACACAGUCUUACAUACUAUAGGAUCAACAAUAAUUGCACUGCAGCCUCUAAAAGCUGCUGUACACUGUGAGAAUUCUGUAUAACUUAAAUAUGCUUACUACAGGUGUGUGGAUUGUGCAAGAGUUACAAUAGUUAUCCAGAUUCCUGACUCAAAUGACUAGACCUUAUCUUAAAAUUAAGUGCCAGUUAUCAGUAACCAUGAAAAGAUACUGUUAAAAUUUUUAAUCACCCAGAACAUAAAACAAUGCCUUGCUAGCUAAAUAACAUGUCAGUUAGACUAACUGUGACUUGCAGGGUUUUUGUUUUUUUUGCAUAUUUGGCAUAUUUUAUUGGACCACAUUUGCCAGCUUCAUCAUCUCAUCAUCACAGGGCAAGAUGCUGUUUUAUAAAUAUUUCAAAAUUACUCCAAAGCUGGUCACUAAUUUUGUAUAUAUGACUAAUAUAAUGUACCUUUUAUCCCUCUUCCCCAAAUCCCAGUGACUGAUUCAUGUAGAAAUUGAGGGCAAAUGUUUCGUUGAUACAGUACCGAAGGGACCAGACUGCAUGGAUUUUUUUCCCCUAAUGCUGAAAACGUGACCAAAAGCAUCAUGAACUGUUGUUAAAUCCUUUAUUUGCAAUUUAUCGUCAUUACUAAGACGGUUCUAAAGAGUGCUGCAUAGCCUAAUUUCUAAUUGAUUGAUCUGCUUUUUGUUUUGAUGAGGUUUUUAUACUUAAUUUGUAAUUUUUUUAAAUUAUUUGUGUUGAAUUUGACCUUUUGGGGCCAAUAACAAACAUUUUCAGCAGUGCUGCAAUUCCUGCUAACUUGCCUGCUCCUGUAAUUGCAUAUCCACAUGUUCCCUUUCCAAACCAUCUUCAUUAGGCUCAUUUGUGAAGUGAAGAAUGUUGGGCUAGAGAGUUUCUCACUUCUCCUAUAGACACGUUCUUAUGUAAACAUGUCCCUUCAUGGCACCACCUAUGCUGUAAUAUAGUCUGCACUUUUCUCUUUUAACCUUUAAUUUGGAAGAAUGCUAUUACAAACCCUUAAUAUAUUGCAGUUAAUCUUGGGUAGUGUAUCUUCCUGAUCUGUACAGUGCUAACAGAGUAUUGAGGUUCUGGAGACUGAAAUUCCACAGAAAGGACUCAAGACUAUUUUUAGAACACCCUGUUUAGAGGUAGAGUAUGUGGAUAUGUAAUGUAUUUGUGAAUAUAUACAUAUGUACAAUAAUAUAGGUCUUCUUGCUAAUAUAGGAUUGUAGUUAAUGUAUUCAGAACAUCUCACAAUGCAGUAGAAUCUCACUAAUGGGGAAGAAUCCUUGUAUGGAUUCAUUCUAUUUCCAGCUGAAAGAUGGGGCACACUCCUACAUGUGCCAGGGAAGAGAGUUCCACAAUCCACCGUUUCACUGGAGAUUACAACUGCAUGCAGUGCUACUACAGUGCUCUUGCAGCUUGGGUCUAAUUGUCGGAGCGAGCCUCUGGUCUGGAGAAGGGAGGCUCUUAGAAAAGCUGCUUUUGCCCCUACUUCACUCAGAAAAUGCCACAUGUAGUGAGGGAACAAGGAUGGUCUCGUUUUGCUGAGGCCUGGUAGAGCAGCUAUCUAGCUUGCCUUUUUCUUUCACUUAGCAACGGGAGAGGAGGGCAGGUGAUGCAGAAAGCAGCAGUAGCUGGCAUCUUUCACUUAUUCCUGUGUCUGGGCUUGGUGUCACAGGAAGCAAAAGUGGUAGUAAAAGCCCAUGCCUUUCUUCUGACUUGCUGCCAUAUUUAUUCUUCUGUCAAGCAGCAAUGAUAACCAAGACUUAUUAGCCCCCUUCUCCUUCCAGUGUUCUUUCUGCACAACAGUAUUAUUGGGGGAGGAAUCCGAGUAAGUGCUCUAGUCUGAUUUCAGAAACAAGGACUAAACUAGAAGGCUGAUUCCACAGUGUUGGCUCAACUAACCGCUGACCUGUCUCCACUUCAGUGAGCAACAAUGCUGCUAAUACGCUUCCAGUGUAUAGCUGUAGGCUUGUUGAAGUGCAGCUUCUUGAGACCCUAUUGCAUUCUGUAAGUUAGAGGGAAAUUUGAAUUUUUCACCUGACAUCCAUUGAUAACCAUUUUCAAUUUCUCAGGUAUGAAGGACCAAAUGUAACAUGUAUUAUCUAACUCAUUAUACAAAAAGGGUAUUUUGUUAUCUCAGUCUUUUUGGUUCUGUGAGUAGAGUACACUUUGUACAUAGAGAUAAUAAAUGUAAUUUUGAGAACAUCA